UUCGAGGGCUGGUAUUAGUUUUUUGCAGUUAAAGACCUAAAAACAAAGAGAAAUAGCGAUCGAUCUUUUAGAAACACGGAAUUAUCUCACGAAUAUCAACAUCAUUGGAGAAAUGGCGCAACUUCAACGCCUGCAGAGACACAACAACUCUACUCCUAAAACACCUAAGAGCCCAACUGUUGAACAAUUCCUCCAAGGUGAGGCUUCGGCGUGGUCGGGAACAGCUUCACCCACAUUGCUUAGGGACCAUGAUCCGGAGUUUGAUCACCCUCAACAUCAUCAGAAGCAGUCGGUCCUCAACAAGGUUAAAGAGAGGGCUCGAAGGUGGCGUCACUCUCUUAGCAAAAAGAAGCACAGCGAUACCGUAAACACCACGCCCUCCUGGGGGGUCAGCUUGGAGGAGGAAGAUCUCGGGGAAGAAGAUCCCGAAUAUCUCGGAGCUCCAAUGUACGAGUCGGAGGUGGCCCCUGAAGGGUACAAGGAGACCGGGAGGCCACAUCUCAGGACCACCCCGGCGGUUCCCGAGAAGCAUGUUACGCGAAGCACUGUCGGGAAUUAUCCCGAGCAGGACAAGGAAACAGAAAAUCCUCCCAGUCCUAGUCCACCUAACAAGACCUUAACCUCAACUGUGACUGCGAAACUGGCACCUGCAUACAAUGCCGUUUCCGAUGCGACCACCACAAUUGCUUCCAAGAUCCAGAACAUCUCCGUUAGUGCCCCUACACAGGCUUCACCUUCUGCUUCGACCUCCUCCCCUGCGAGUGCUCCAGUGACCACCGAACACUCUCCUGAGUUUUAUGAUGCGCCAGUCAGUGCUCCGGCGAAAGUUUCGGGGACUGCUGAGAGUACUGGUUCAGGGAAGCAGAUGUGGGACAAGGGCGUUUCAGUGAAGGAGUAUCUGAUGCAGAAGCUGGAGCCUGGGGAGGAUGAGAAAGCUCUGUCUCAAGUGAUCUCUGAUGCUAUGAGUCCAAGACGAGCUCCAGGGGAUGCUGGAGUUGUCGAGAAAGUGAAAGAGGCUGUGACUUCCCUGCUUCGUAAGGAAGAGUCCUCUUCGCUGGUGAUUGUCCACUCUGGUAAAAACUCUAUGUCACAGAUUCCCGUCUCCACCAAUCCUCAGGAAGUUGCGGAGGGAGACAGUCAUGGAAGAGUAGUUCAAACCAACUAAGGUGGCAAAGAAUGAAAUGGUUCUAGGCAGCUGCCGGUGAAGGAUUUAAGUGGCUCGUAUGAUUUUGUAUGCUAUGUUUCUGUAUCAAUAGCAUAACAUAAUCCCCACUUCUCGGUUUAUAUGUCACUCGUGAAUUAUUUCUCUGUCGGAAUAUUUACAAUCUAUGUAGUCAUACAGAUUUUAUCAUAUUCGAAAGGGAAAGAAGUCUUUCCCUAUUAACUCUGUUUCCGUGCUGAUACCACAGCAUGAAGUAAAACGGACUGUUGAUACUGGAGGUGAAACUGGAUAUUUGAAUGGAAAGAGAGUCCUUUGUCUUU